AUGGACGCUGAUCAUGCUCAACCUACUGCUCAACCAAGUGUACAUGUUAAAAAACCUACAGAUAAGAAGAAAAAAAGUGCUGAAACAAUUGAUCAAAAUCCACAAGAUCCAACCGUUGAAGCACAACCACUUACUUCUCCUGUAUCAGUUAAAUUUAAAAUACAUAAAAAUCCAACUGGCAUUACAAAUAAUGAUUUACCUGAUUCACUUAGAGAAACAGAAGAUAGUCCAUCUGCUGAAAAUGAUCAAGAAGAACUUAUGACAUAUGUACUUACAGAAGAUAUUUUUGUUGAAAUACUUUCUGCUCGACUUCAAAUUUUAGUAUCAAUAUUUAUUAAAUCAAAAGUUUCUCAUUAUAACAAUUGUUAG